AUGUUGUCAACUUUCUCCUCCGCUUUUACUUUUCUUUACUUUCUGUCAGCUGUACCUCAAAUCCUCGCCGCUGACUGCUUCGGAGGCGAGGGAGUAGACCCCGAUGUCUCGAAUGCCUGGCAACUCCGCCAACAAAUAUGCGGAAACAAUGCAUGCGACAACUCUGAUGCCGCGCGAGGCGACAACCACUACUGCUCCCUAUACACCUCCUUCAACGGUGGAAGAUCUCAAGUCCAAAUCCAACGGAAUGAUCCGGCUGGAAAGUACGGAAACUGCUGGGCUGCCACGGAAGACAUCAUAAAGCAAUGCUUGGAUAACUCAUCUGGGUCAGGCAUUACUGGCGACCCAAACGGAUCGUGGAGAGUGGGCGAUGAGUGGUAUUGGGUAUCGAUAUAUCACAAUGACUUGAAUGAUCCCUCUGGAGAAGUGUAUGAUGCUGAAGAACAAAAGUUAAUGUUUGGACCGAAUCAGUUCUGCCAAGGGCUAUCUCCGGGUGGUGGGAACAGCUGCAUUAAUAUUCCUGACAACUGCUACAUCGAAGUGCCGCUGUCGAACUCUGUUCCAAAAGUCAAGUGUCCAAUGUGA